AUGUUAAUCAGCAAAAAGGCAGACAUUAAUAAGUGCAAUGAUAAAAAGGCAUCACCCCUGUAUAUUGCUUGUCAAAAUGGACAUAUUGAAGUCGUUGAGAUGCUAUUGAUUAAUAAGGCAGACAUUAAUAAGUGCAGAGAUACUGGAUCGUCACCUCUGUUAAUUGCUUGCCACCCAGGACAUACGGGAGAAUCUCAGAUGUUAAUAAAAUACAAUGCAGACAUCAAUAAGUGUAAAGAUAAUGGAUCAUCACCUCUGUUCAUUGCUUGUGUGAAAGGUAAUUACGAAAUAAUAAGGAUUUUGAUAAACAACAAGGCAGACAUUAAUAAGUGUGUAAAUACUGGGGUAUCACCUUUAUUUAUUGCUUGCCAAAAAGGUCAUACUAAAGUUGUUGAGAUGUUAAUAAACAAUAAAGCAGACAUUAAUGAAAGUGAUAAUGAAGAAGUAUCCCCUCUCUACAUUGCUUGUCAAAAAGGACAUUCUGACGUAGUGAAGAUGUUAAUUAACAAGAAGGCGAAUAUUAAUAAGUGUAGAGAUGAUGGGUCAUCACCUCUCCAUAUCGCUUGUCGGGAAGGUCACACCAAAGUAGUUCAGAUUUUAAUAAACAAAAAUGCAGACGUUAAUAAGUGCAAAAAACUGGAGUCUCACCUAUCCACGUUGCCUGUCGGAAAGGACAUACUGAAAUAG